CUUGAGGAAUCUCAUCGUGAAAUGACAGGAGGUUUCGAAGAUACAAUAAAUAAUUGAUAAUUCUCCUUUUAAUCACUCAAUAUGGCCGAAUGUGCGCGAGAGGCCGAGUUACACAAUGACUGGAACUCAACAGAAACAGAAACGAAAGUGAAACCCUCUUCUCUGAAUGACUCUCAAAUGACUUUCUGUUUUGACAGAGGAACCAAACGCCAAACUCCGCUAAAAGAAAAAUGGCUCAGGCUGAUAUUGACGAGGGAUUAUAUUCUCGACAGCUGUAUGUGAUUGACCAUGAUGCAAUGCGUCGCAUGGGAAAGGCCGAUGUUCUUAUUGCUGGAAUGCGAGGUCUUGGCGUGGAAAUUGCCAAGAAUGUGAUUCUGGCUGGAGUUCGAUCCGUCACCGUUCAGGAUGAGGGUGUGGUGGAGUGGAGAGAUCUGUCUUCUCAGUUUUACCUGAAAGAAGCUGAUCUGGGUCAGAAUAGGGCCUUGUGCUCUGAGAAGCAGCUCUCUAGUCUGAACGUCUACGUUCGAGUGUCUGCCUGGACUAACAAACUCAACGAGGACUUCCUCAGCAAGUUCCAGGUGGUGGUGCUCACAAAUUCACCUUUAGAAGAGCAGCUACGUGUGGGAACGUUUUGUCACUCAAACAAUAUAAAGUUUAUUGUGGCUGACACCAGAGGACUUUGUGGGCAGUUGUUCUGUGACUUUGGCGAAUCGUUUGAGGUCCAAGACACAAAUGGAGAAACUCCAGUCUCAGCCAUGAUUGCUCAUAUCAGCAAGGAGAAUCCAGGCGUAGUGACAUGCACAGAUGAAGAGAGUCAUGAAUUUACCGAUGGCAUGUUUGUGACUUUUUCUGAGGUUCAAGGCAUGACCGAACUCAACAGUUAUGGUUCCGUUGAGAUCAAAGUGCGGGACAGCUACUCCUUCACUAUUUGUGACACUUCAAACUUUUCCGAGUAUGUGGAGGGUGGAGUGGCAACUGAAGUGAAACAGCCUGAAAUCCUCCACUUUAAACCUCUGAACGUGGCUCUGGAUGAAGCGCUCAGAAAUCCUGAGCUUGUGGAGAUGACAGACUAUGGCAAGACACGAAGACACCAGUCUCUGCACCUGGCCUUCCAGGCCCUGCAUAGAUUUACUCAGAAAUACAGCCGGACACCCCAACCUAGAUCCCAGGCUGAUGCUGAAGUGCUGGUUACUAUCACAAAAGAGCUUUGCACAGAUGCAAAGUUUGAUGAGCUUGAUGAAGACGCUGUAAGAAAUUUAUCUCUGGUUGCCAGUGGUGACCUGGCACCUGUCAAUGCCUUCAUUGGAGGGCUGGCUGCUCAGGAGGUGGUGAAGGCAUGCAGUGGUAAAUUCACUCCUCUCAGGCAGUGGCUGUAUUUCGAUGCCCUGGAAUGCCUGCCUAUAGAGGAGGAUGGAGUUGUCCUUACUGAAGACGCCUGUGCUCCUAGAGACAGUCGAUAUGAUGGGCAGAUUGCUGUGUUUGGAUCUGCAUUUCAAGACAAGCUGAAGAAACAGAACUAUUUUUUGGUUGGAGCUGGAGCGAUUGGUUGUGAGCUGAUGAAGAACUUUGCUCUGAUUGGUCUGGGUGCGGGAGAGGGUGGAAAAAUUACAGUGACUGACAUGGACUCCAUUGAGCGAUCGAAUCUGAAUCGUCAGUUUCUGUUCCGCUCUCAGGAUAUCGGGAGGCUGAAGUCAGAGGUGGCGGCGGAGUCUGUUAAAGAGAUGAACCCUUACAUGAACAUCAUCUCUCACCAGAACCGAGUGUGUGCAGAGACAGAGGAGGUCUACACACAUUUGUUCUACAGUCACCUUGAUGGCGUAGCAGCUGCGCUGGAUAAUGUGGAUGCACGAGUCUAUCUUGACCAGUGCUGUGUGCGAAGCAAAAAGCCCAUGCUGGAGGGAGGAACUCUGGGUAGUAAAGGCCACACAUUGGUGGUAGUACCACAUCUGACUGAAUCGUAUGGACCCUCCACAUCUGGAGGACAGAAAGCCAUUCCCAUCUGCACACUCAAGAACUUCCCUCACCGUAUAGAGCACACGCUACAGUGGGCCAGAGACCAGUUUGAAGGACUUUUCAAGCAAAUGGCAGAGAAUGUGAACCACUUUCUCAGUGACCCAACCUAUGUAGAUCGGAAAGUCGCCCGUGGGGAUGUGGAGGCUGUGGAAAUGUUGGAGGGUGUCUAUAGGAGUCUGAGCGAGGAAUGGCCUCAGAACUGGACUGACUGUGUCAGCUGGGCCCGCAAACAGUGGGAAACACUUUACAACAAUCAAAUUAGACAACUACUGCACUGCUUUCCCCCUGACCAGGUAACAAGCUCUGGACUUCCGUUCUGGAUGGGCGCAAAGAGACGUCCACAUCCUUUGACCUUUGACACCAACAAUACCACCCAUAUGGACUUCAUUGUGGCAGCGGCCAAUUUAUAUGGCCAGAUCUAUGGGAUUACAGGCUCAAGAAAUCGUGCUGACAUUCAGAGCAUUCUGCAGGAAGUAAAAGUGCCCGAGUUCACCCCUAAAUCUAGUGUAAAGAUAGCAGUGACCGACCAGCAGCUGAAAGAGGAAAAUGAGGAGAGAAAAGAGGAAGACAAAGUCAAGCUGGAGAUGUUAAAGGAGAAGCUGUCCAAACUCCAGCUGAAGGACCAAAACUUCCGGAUGCAUCCACAAGAGUUUGAGAAGGAUGAUGACAGUAAUUUCCACAUGGACUAUAUAGUUGCAACAUCCAACCUGAGGGCAGAGAACUAUGUUAUACCAACAGCCGACCGCCACAAGAGCAAGUUAAUUGCUGGCCGCAUCAUUCCAGCAAUCGCCACGACAACAGCUGCGAUCGCCGGACUGAUGUGUUUGGAGCUCUAUAAGCUUGUCCAGGGUCACCGGAAAAUCACAUCCUACCGCAACGCAUAUGUAAACUUGGCCACCCAAUACUUUGUCCUCUCACAGCCUUGUGUGGCCCCAACAUUUAUUGUUGCGGGGCAGCGGUACUCUCUCUGGGACGACUUCCUGGUGCAGGGCCGGCGUGAGGGUCAAAAGGAAAUGACCUUGGAGGAACUGCUGAAACACAUUAAGGAAAAGCACAAGUUGAGCAUCACUAGUUUGUAUUAUGGUCCUGCUGUAUUGUAUAGCGAUCUCUCCGAUCACACUGAUCGCCUGAAGCUAAGCAUAACUGAUUUGGUACGCUCCGCAACCAAGCGUGAGAUUCCGGAUCACCAGCAGAUGUUGGAGAUCAUUCCCUCUUUUGAAGAGGAUGAGGACUGCAUGACUGUCCCGCCCAUCAGAUACCUCCUCAGGUGAAGCUGGAAAGAAGAGCCUUACAUUUAAGAACAUCACCUUAAGAUGACAACUAUUAUUCCUUCUCUCUAUUAACUCUGAGAUUAUUUGCUAAACAGUCAUAAAAGUCAUGAGAAUUUUUACACUGCAAAAAUUACUGUUAAAAAAUAAUAAACAUGAUGAAUUUAAUGAAGUAAAAAAAAUAUAUAUUGCCAACAAAAUAACAAAAAAAAAAGAAAUGGAUAUUUAAGAUUCUUAUAUAUAGUAACAUUCUGGUAACAUUUUAUAAUAAGGUCUCCAACAUUAGUUAGUAUUAAAUGACAUAAUUUUUUUUAAUUUAAUAUGUUCCUUGAGGUUCACUUAAAAUGUUAAUACAUUUUUUGCGCAAAAAAACAAAACAAAACUAUAAAUGUGAAAAAAAUAUUUUUAACCUUCAUUACAAGUACAUCUUAUAUGUCAAAAGAUCAAGGCAUUUUGAUUUCUCAUGUCAUGACCUCUUUAACUAACAUUAACUGACAGUGAGCAAUAUAUAUUUUUACAACAUUUAUAAUCUUUGUUAAUGUUAGUUCAUAAAAAUGUAGUUCACUGUUCAAACUAAUGUUAACAGAUAUAACUUUUUGUUUUGAAAUUAACUAAGAUUAAUAAAUGCUAUAGAAGUAUUCAUUCUUAGUUCAUGUUAACUACUGUAGUUAACUAAUUUUAACAAAUGAAACCUUACUGUAAAGUGUUACCAACAUAUCCUAUCAAGAAUCUGGCUAACUAGAAAACAAGACCAAUAAUGAUUAAGUUUGGAUAUUUUGCGGCGUAAAAUUUGAACUGUGAAGAGUCUCUUAUUAUGCUCUUUUACAGUCUAUAAGUGAAAUAGCUUUUCUGUUCAUUCUUUUAAAUGUGUAUCCUGUAUCAAUACGACCCCUGUGGUUUCUUAAUUCCCGCCCUCAUCCCAUUGUUAUGCAGCCAUGACCACCCACCCCUCACUUCACUAUUAUCAUGUAUGAAAACAAUUCCAGAGACCCAAAUGAGCUGCAUCUGCUCCAGUUAAUUUAAUCACCUUUAGACAUGUUAGUGUGCAUUCGGACCUAAUCACAUUACAGCAGUGAGUUUCAUUCACAAAAAGACUUGACAGCUGGGUCUUUAUCUUUCUGUUGUAUUCUGGUUACAAGCCUCCAACUCUAAAAUGGUAUUUAGCCUACUGCAUCUGUACGUCAUAUCAUUCUGUCAGUAAAGUCUUAUUUUAAAGAGAGAAUUACAUAUUUUAGUCACUUAAUUACUGCCUGUUUCUUCGAAGUGAAGGGUAAUAUUUGCACAGUAAAUGAGAUAUUUGAUGUUGUGUGUUGAAACUAUAAACUGUAUUUGCUAAUCUAGCACAUCUCAAAGGUUUAAAGUUAUUCAUGCACUGGAUGAAAACCAAAUGAAACUUAGAUUGUCAAACUUAGGAGAGCUAAACAAGAUUAUUGUUGGUUAGCUUUAAAUAAAUGGCAAGACAAUAAACUGUAUUGCUUUGCAACAAAAA